AUGAUAGAUCCUAUGAUCCUCUACACCGACUCUACCACCAACCAACCCAUCAUACUUUUCGAAGAGAAUGAACGUGCAAGAAAAGAAGAAGAAGAGUUGGAUAGAACCAACUCUACUCUAUGUGUUGAUGUUGUUUCCGAUUGUGUACAUUGUGUGAGGAGGUUAAGUAAAGUUCCCUCUUCUUAUUCCUAUAACUUGAGUUUGCCCGAUCAUCAUCAUCAUCAUCAAUCAUUCAUUCAUUUUAACGAUCGUUCAACAUCCACUAUAAAUAUUUAUCAUCAUCACCAAACAUAUAAUAUAUAUAAUACAUUCUAUUCCUAUUCCAUUCAAUACUCAACUCACAAUAAUAAUAACUUUAAGAUUCAAAACAACAGACUUAUCAGAACAGACUUAACAGAAAGUAGUAUCAUGACAAGUGGAUCAAAUCAUCAACAAAAGGCAACAGAAAAGGUGAAUAGUAGUGGAGGAGGAGGUGGAAAGGUGUUGGAGGAAGGUAGUGUAGUUCAACAACAACAACAAGAGUUUGUUAGAAAGAGGAGAGGUGCCAUUAGCAGUGAAGUCAUGGGUGAUAGUACACAGCCGGCCAAGGCAAUCCCUAUCGCACCCAAGACUGCCGAAGCACAAUUGCGACUCAAACAAGCACUUCAACGAAACAUUCUAUUCAACCAUUUGGAAGACGAAGAACGAAACACUAUAUUCUCAGCCAUGGUCGAGGUACACUAUAAAGAAAAUGAUUUGAUCAUCAAACAAGGUGACCAAGGCGAUAACUUUUAUGUGGUAGAUGAUGGAAUAUGUGACAUUUACGUUACAAAAGAUCCAAACACUUUCCCAGGAAUCCAUGUAAUGGAGGUUAGAACAGGUGGUAGUUUUGGUGAAUUGGCUCUUAUUCAUGGUACUCCAAGAGCUGCUACUGUUAUUGCAAGAACAAAUGUUAGAUUAUGGGCGAUUGAUAGAAUAACAUACAAGAGAAUAUUGAUGGAUGCAACCAUUCACAAGAGAGACAUGUACAAAAAGUUUUUGAAAAAGGUGUAUAUAUUAAAAGAUUUGGAAAAGUAUGAAAGAAACAGUUUGGCCGAUGCAUUGGAGCCAGUUAGUUUUAAAGACGGCGAGGUGAUUGUACGACAGGGUGAAAAGGGUGACAAAUUCUACAUUAUAGUCGAUGGAGAGGUACGUGUCACCCAGAGAGAAGGUGGCCCCACCUCUACCACUGGGCCAGAAAAUGAAGUUGCUCGAUUACAUCCAUCCGAAUACUUUGGUGAAAUUGCCUUGUUGACCGAUAGACCUCGUGCAGCUACCGUCACAAGUGUCGGAACGACCAAAUGUGUGGAAAUGGACAGACAAAGAUUUACUCGUCUGCUUGGUCCAUGUGAAAAUAUUCUAAGAAGAAAUAUGGAAAUGUAUAAUCAAUUUAUUAAUCCUCAUCAAUAUCAACAACAGCAACAACAACAAUCAACUAAAAUAUAG